AUGCAUUCCUCCACAACAGCACCACUGUCAGGCUGGCUGCAGAAGCUGACAAGUACCAAUGCAUUCGGUGCAUCCAGAUGGCAAUCUCGAUACUUUGUAUUACUCGAUUCUGAAAUGCGAUACUACAAAGAUGAGCAUUCUGUUGCUGCUUCAAGAACUGUCAAUCUGGGUGACAUCUCCAAAGUCAUCAUGACCAGUUCGCCCAACCAUCCUUAUAGCUUUCGAUUAGAGCCCACACUCUACGCUCAACACUCCAAAAAUCAGAAGAAGAUUUGGACCAUGGAGUGCAAAUCAGCAACCGAACUCGAACUGUGGGUGUCUGCCAUCAACUACAGAUUAUGCAAAUUGCUUAAGCUAGACGAGGAUGAUGAACACCAAGAAGAACAAGCUGGUAUUGUCUCUCCUACAUUGCAACCUUUCUCUACACCCGAGCAAAGGCGUGCUCAACCCCUCAUGUCAUUGUUUCGCGUAUUGACAGCAUCUUCCUCUGAAUCCUCCAACUCUGUGGAGCAACCCGUCAAACCGCAACCCAGACCCCUUAGAAAACACAAUCCAUCGAUUUCUCGCAGAAGAGGUGUUAUCCUAUCACCACUUGACAUGGAGACUAUUCCUGGACUUGAAAACGACAUGCUAUCAUCUUCGUCCUCUCGAGGAUCCAGUCUUCCAUCACCUAAAACACAGACCAUUCUAGAUGAGGAGGAGGAAGACGAAGAAGAGUGUCAACACGAAACUAAGGGCCAUGCCAACAAGGUUGUUGCACACAAUGCGUACGUACUGGAUACCUUUGCGCUCUAUAAAGAACGUUACCACCUUUAG